ACUAUCGCGACUUCUCCACACUAAAAUACUAUUUCCUCCUCUCCUCCCAUAUGGUCCGCACGUAUCCUGCUCUCCCUCUCCCGCGGCGGCUUGCGGCGGCAUUCCGGCGGCAAUCUGACGGUGUCUUCUUCUCUUUCCUCCGCUCCCAGGGAAUUCUUGAAAACUAGCAUUUCUGUGAUCUGUCAUGGAGGCUAUGGUGAAGAAGUAUCAGCAGAAGGUGAGAAAAGUUAAAGAUGAUAUGGGUAGAUGGGACGAGCUUCAAUCUCGAUUGCUUUCACAGUUCAGAAAUGCAUCUUCCAUCAUUGAGAGAUUACAGGUUAUCCAAGAUGCUAAAAAUUAUGGUAAUUUAAAUUGCGUCAAUGGCAUUACAGACGCUAUUUUGGGUAAGCAGAUGGAAUCUUUGGAAACCAUUUUGCUUUCAAUGAAAAAGACUUUGGAAGAGCUUUUUGGCAUUGUUUCAUCCCUUGAAAAGAUGCUUCGGGAUGGUAGACAGCUAAUUAAAGGGGGAUCUGUUCCACUCAAAAUGAAACAACUGGAGCAACGAGUUGGCAUAAAACCCACUAUUGCCGAUUGCUUGGAUGGGCUUAAGCUUCUUCAUGAAAUGCAUCACUCAGAGUACCUUCUUAAAAAGUCUGUACUUUCAGCCCUUUCAGAACUUAUUUUGAAACCCAGUGCCAGUGAUCUAGCCGCCCUCCAACAACUCUUGGUUGACCAGCCUAACAUCCCCAAAGAGGAAGUGCAAUAUAUCUUCGACAUUGUAUUUGCGGAAGAGAUCCUUUGAUUUCCAAUUACUGUUGAUGGGUAAAUAUCGUCCUUGGAAAACCUAGAAGCAACUGGGCAAAAUGGACGGACAAAGGUUUUAAGGCAAGAGAGAACAAUGUCAAGCUACAAGUUAUUUUGGAGACAAAUCUAAGCCCUAGCACCUUGUUUUCUCCAGGCAUUUUAUUUUGGAAAUUCGUAUUUUGAAAAUUUUGUUUUUCUAGAGAUUGAUUUAUAAAUUUCACGUUUUAUUUAUUAUAGUUUUUAAAUUUCGAAUCUAACGUAUUUAAAAGCUUAUAUGCAAUAAUAUCGAACGUUAUUUAUAAA